AUGGCUGAAGAAUCUCAUCCGGCAUACCUCUCGCCCAGCGAGCUGGGCACAAAAGACUACUGGGAAUCCUACUACGCCCGCACCCUAGCCCACAUCUCGCACGAAACCCCCAGCAACGACACAACCCAAAAUGACGACGAUGCCGCAUCCACAACUUCCGACCUAAAUGAAGAAGACGAUCCCGGCACAUCAUGGUUCUCCGAGCACAACGCCCCGCAAAAAGUCCUUCACUUCCUCACGCGCAAGUCCUUCCCCCUGUCGCCGCGCAAUACACUGCACAAGAAAGGAUCCCGCCAGCCAAGUGUCCUCGAUCUCGGUACUGGCAAUGGGAGCAUGCUCGCGCUGCUGAAGAAGAAGGGCGGGUAUGCGGGACGUCUUGUUGGCGUUGAUUACUCGCGCCAGAGCGUUGAGCUUGCGAGGGAGUUGCAGCGCGUGAGAGGGCAUUCGGCUUAUCGGAGUGAUUCCGAGGAUGAGGAUGAGUCUGAUGAGGAGGAGGAAGAAGCAGAUACUGAGACUGGAGCUCAGACAGAGGCGGCGUCUAAUGACUUGUCGCAAGAAGAUACACCCAUCCAGUUCGAGGAAUGGGAUAUCCUCGGCUCGAAAGCUCUUCUUUCUGAGACUGGCCUAGAACUAUCACCCUCUUCGGAGGAAACACUCCCCUGGUUCCCGUACCAGGAAGGCGGGUUUGAUAUCGUGCUUGAUAAGGGGACGUUCGAUGCUGUCUCGCUGGCUGAUGAUGCGAAGACCACCCGUGUCUGUGAGAGAUAUCCUGAUAUCGCGCGGCGGUUGGUGCGCCGCGGUGGGUUCUUGGUUGUUACUACGUGCAACUGGACUGAGGAGGAGCUGGUGCAUUGGUUUACUGGUGAGCGGACGAGUGGGGAUCGGUUGACGGUUUGGGGCCGUGUUGAGUAUCCGAGGUUCCGGUUUGGUGGACAUGAGGGACAGGGGGUUUGUACGGUGUGUUUCCAGAGACUUGGGGAUGCCUGA